AUGGCGUCCCAGUCGGAACCUGGCCAGAGCCUGAGCCUGAGGCAGGAUGGGUUCGCACCCUCCGCGACCCAGAGGGAGCUGAGCGCUCACCCGCCGGGGACCUGGGAGGGGACGCGGCCGGCGUUAGCACAACUGCAGGCGGACCCCCCGGGGACCGGCACCCUCGGGCGGCGCGUGAGGCUGGCGACUGGCUGGCCUCGGAGUUCCCCGCGGCCGCCGCCGCCACCACUGCUGCGGCUGCUGCUACUGCUGUCAGGACUGGUGCUGAAGGGCGCGGCAGAGAGUCCUUGGGGGCUGCCCUUGGUGGCUGAUGGCCCAGCUUCCAUGGCAAAGGUGGUGAUGGCAGACCUGGCACAGCAGAAGGUGGAAAACAAGUCAUGGCCUAGAGGGACGCACUCCCUCCGCUACCACUACCUGGACCUGUCCGAGCCGGGCCCGAGCCUCCCUAGGUUUCUGGCUGUAGGCUACGUGGAUGAUCAGCCUUUUAUCCGGUAUGACAGCCGUAUGGACAAAGCUGAGCCCCAAGCUCCAUGGAUUUCGUCCAAGGAUGCCACAUACUGGGAGGACGAGACCAAGAAGCAGAGGAAAUGGGCAGAGAUUCAUCAGGUGGAGACAUCGAUAGAGAUGGGCUACCACAACCACAGCACCGGUGCGUUGGGUGGAAGCCCCAUGCUCCUUCCUUCACCCUUUGCACACUCACUCUCCGGGCAGCUGUGCUUGUCAGAGGGUGUGGGGCAAGCCUCUGACACUUGGCUCUUCUCAGUCCACUUCCCCCACAGUCCAGCAGGGGCCUCAGGGCCUCAGAACAGUGCAGCAAGCAUCAUAGGAGCUGGGGGCCCAUGA